GCGCCGUGCGCGAACGCGCGCGCCGCGCGCACGCCACGCCACGCCACGCCACGCCGCGCCACCUGAGCCGCCCCGCGCCGCGCCGCGCGUGACCAAAAAACCCCGGGCGCCCCAACGAAACCGCCACUUUUCCUCCUCCCCUCCGCCCCCCGUGCUCGGCGCCUCCAUCAUCGUGCACCGCGCCGCCCUCUUCGAUCGCCCAGACGCCCACGGUGCCGUGCCCGACCCGACGCGACUCCGCGCGGCGGCUGCGCUUGCGCUGGGCGGGGGCGGGGGGCUAUGGAGCUCGCUGGCGGCGGGACGGGGGUCGUGCGGCAGCGCGCCGAGCCGCUGGGUGCUGGCCUCCUACUACGCGGCGGCGGGCGGAGUGUGGGGGGAGGAGGGAUCGGCUGCGCCCGUCGCGCCACCCUGCGGGGGCUCGCGCUGUCUCCCCUCGCGAGACGGGCGGUCUCGGCCGCGGGUGGGCACUUCCUCCCCAGGCGCGCCGUUCGCGCGGCGGCCGCCGCCGGCGAUGGGGGAUUCUACGGCGAGGAGGAUGCCGCCAGCGACCAGCCGUUUCCGGCGCGCGCGUCUCCCUCCGAUGACGCGAACGAUUCUACCGCGGUGCGCAGUUUAGGUGGGGAUCAUCCUGGAGAAAUCAAGAAGGAGCUAUUGAAUCUGGCUUUACCGGCCAUAGUUGGACAAGCAAUCGAUCCUGUGGCGCAGCUGUUAGAGACUGCAUAUAUUGGUCGUUUAGGUCCUGUAGAGCUUGCCUCAGCUGCCGUGGGUGUGUCAGUCUUCAAUAUUAUAUCAAAACUGUUUAACAUCCCACUCUUAAGCAUCACAACCUCAUUUGUGGCUGAAGAUGUUGCAAGACAUGAUUCCGAUCAGUUUACUUCAGAAGGGAACAUGUCUAGUGAGAGUGGAGGAAGGAAGAGACUCCCCUCCAUUUCUUCAGCUAUACUUUUGGCUGCUGCAAUUGGUGUCAUUGAGGCCUCAGCUUUGAUUCUGGGGUCUGAAAUACUCCUCAGCAUUAUGGGUGUGUCACAUGCGUCAACCAUGCAUAGUCCUGCAAAGUUGUUUCUUUCUUUAAGGGCACUUGGUGCUCCUGCCGUAGUGGUUUCAUUGGCUAUUCAAGGUAUCUUUCGUGGAUUGAAAGACACAAAGACACCUCUACUUUACAGUGGCUUGGGCAACAUCUCAGCUGUGCUUCUACUUCCCUUUCUCGUGUAUUCGCUGAACCUUGGAUUAAAUGGAGCAGCUCUCGCAACUAUUGCUUCACAGUAUCUUGGUAUGUUUCUGCUCCUUUGGUCUUUAAGCAAAAGAGCAGUUCUACUGCCUCCAAAAAUUGAAGACCUUGAUUUCGUUGGGUACAUAAAAUCUGGUGGCAUGCUAUUAGGGAGAACUCUUUCAGUUCUUAUAACAAUGACCCUUGGAACUGCAAUGGCUGCUAGGCAAGGCACAAUAGCCAUGGCUGCUCAUCAAAUAUGUCUACAGGUUUGGCUGGCGGUAUCAUUACUUUCGGAUGCAUUGGCUGUUUCUGCCCAGGCAUUGAUUGCAAGUUCUUUUGCCAAGCUUGACUAUGAAAAGGUCAAGGAGGUCACAUACUAUGUCUUGAAGAUAGGACUGCUUGUUGGUGCAGCUUUAGCCCUUCUUCUGUUUGCCUCUUUUGGUAGAAUUGCAGAACUGUUCUCCAAAGAUCCUAUGGUUCUACAAAUUGUUGGGAGUGGUGUUCUGUUUGUUAGUGCCAGCCAACCAAUUAAUGCCCUAGCUUUUAUCUUCGAUGGACUUCACUUCGGUGUCUCAGACUUCUCAUAUUCUGCUUCUUCAAUGAUUACUGUUGGGGCAAUAUCUUCUUUAUUUUUGCUAUAUGCUCCCAAAGUUUUUGGCCUCCCUGGGGUUUGGGCUGGGCUGGCUCUUUUCAUGGGUUUGCGCAUGACUGCAGGAUUUUUGAGAUUGGGUUCGAGAGCAGGUCCUUGGUGGUUUUUGCACCAGAAAGAGCCAACAUACAAAUUACACUCAAGUACAUGUUGAUGUUGGGCUGCAGGGGAUAAAUAGGAAGAUAGAGAAUGGAAGUGAUCAAAGGAUGAUUCCAUCAUUAAAGAAGCUGAACCUCUUGGAUUUCUUGAGAAUAAUGCUGCCUUCAUCAACCUUAUCAUAAAACCCCUCUGGUAGCAUUGCAAUCAAGCAAGACGACAUGGCAAAGGAGAAGCUGUAGUCAGGAACCAUCCCAUGCUUUUGUAAAGGAAUGCUUUGCUUGAAGUAAGUUUCAAUUACUUUUGAGAUUGCCCAUCUCUGAAAAAGCAGAUGGAAAGAAAUAUUUUCAGUUUUGUGGGUUCUCAAGCUUAUUAGUCUGAAUGAAAGUUGAACUGGUUUCUAAACUCCAAUUAAA